AAGUUUUCGGAUGCAGCCUUUAUUGUACAAACUGGACUUUUAUUUUGCACUGGCGAUGUGACGUCAUAAAGCUGCGCCGCGCUCCUGCAUCUGUUGUGAUUCGGCUGAAGAAAGGACAAAGUGUCCAAGCACACAGAAAAACUGCUGAAGUUGCUGAGAUCCACGUGACACUUCUAUAAAGAUGGCUUUUAUUAAAGUUGAGAGUGAAGACAUGAAGAUUGAAAUAUUUAGUGUUAAACAAGAAGAUACUGAGGAACAAACACAGAUGGAGUUUAUUAAAGAGGAGAAUGAAGACAUGAAGAUUGAAGAAACAAUCAGACUCAAUCAUGAAGAUACUGAGGAACAAACAGACCUAAUGGCACCGAAAGAGGAGAGGGAAGUAUUGAAUGAAAAUGAAGAGGAAGAUCAGUAUGAUAAUCUUCAUGAUUUCACAACUGAAGAAAGAUCUUGUUUCUUACAGUCUGAAAUGACUUCCACACGAAAAGGAGCUCAAGAGACAGGAACUAUGAGUUACUUCACUUGCUUUCAGUGUGGAAAGACUUUUAGUCAUAAAGGAAAAUUUAACAGGCAUAUGACAGUUCACUCUGGAAAGAAGCCUUUCAAAUGUAAUGAGUGCGGGAAAAGUUUCAGUCAAAAAGGAAACCUUAACAAGCACAUGAGAAUUCACGACAGAGAGAAACCCUUCAUCUGCAAACAGUGUGGAAGACGUUUUAAAAAAAAAGGAACCCUUGAUUACCACAUUCUAGUUCACACUGGAAAGAAGCCCUUCAUCUGCCCUCUGUGUAGAACAUUUUUCAAGCGUAAACAAAACCUUAAAUCUCACAUGAAAAUUCACACUGAAGAGAAGCUUUACACAUGCCCUCAGUGUGAAAAGAGUUUCAAGCAAAAACGAUACCUUGAAGCCCACAUGAGAAGAAUUCACACUGGAGAGAUGCUUCAACUGUGAAGGUAACCUUCAGUACCACAUGAAGAUUUACUCCUGAGGGACCUGUUUGAAUGUCAUCAAUGUGGAAUGAGUUUUACAGACAAGAAAAACCUAGGAAUCAUUCCGUGACAUCGUAGAGAGAAGCCUGUCAUGUGCCAUCACUCUGGAAAGACUUCCAGGAACAAAGCAACUCUUGAGUUUCACAUAAGCUGGAUGAUGGCGUACCAUCUUCUGUAGAGCUGCUUUACAGCCGAAUCGUGUAACAUUGACAUUGGUACCGAAUUGAUUUCAGUCAAAACUAAACUGGUUCUAACUGAAUAACUAGAUUGCUGUUUACAGCUGAAUUUAUGUAAUUUCAAACUGAUGAACUUCACCGUUGUUACAUACUGUUUAAU